GUUUUGGGUUUGGGUUCCCGACCCAAGCCGAAACCCGAACUUACCCGCCCAACCGUCUCGUUUUCCCACUCCAAAUCGUUUCACCGGAGCGGGAAGGUUUCCCUGACCGUGGUCGCCAUGGUCAAAGCAGUGGUCGGAGAGGAGACUCAACUCAAAUCUACGGAGGAUCGCCUCAGCCAAUCUGCAGUGCCAUCUCAGGUAGGUCUUCUGAUCGGGAAGCUAAGUUCAAGCUCCGACCGAUGUUUGGUUUUCGAUUUGAUCCCUACGCCGCCAAAUGAUGCCGGAGAGGCCGCCUGUUCCCUCCUCGAGGGCCGCGGCGGCAGAGACGACAAGAAAAGAGGUUCCAAACCCAAAUCGCAAUCCGACUCUUCGUCUCUUGUCAUCGACAAGGAUUGGGUUGCCGAGCACGCGCGUCAGGUCUCCAGAAUGCUGCUUGGUGGCAUGAAGGUGCUUGGCAUCUACAUAUGGACCAACGAGAGCUCAUUCAAGAAUUCAACCAUUAUACUUUGCCAGACUGUAAAGGGAGUUGCAGAAGCAGCACCUCUGUUGGAGACGGAUUGGGAUGAGAGAUUGCUUAUUCACAUAAGUUACAGUCCAAGGAGAUGGACUUGUCGAAAUUGCUCGUUGACUUCAAAUAUUACAUCAAGCAGCAUAAGGCCUUGUGACUUCAAAAUGGGAAGAGUGCUAGCUUCCCUUCAGACGUUUAGGUGUACUUACACCUUUGAUUUAAGAUUGCCCAUCUGUUGUGAAGAUGUAUCAAGUGCUAGGAAAUUUGCUGAUAUUCUUCGUCAAGGAAUUUCAAGUCAUGCCAAAGAGCUUAAAGAUGCAAAGGCCAUCAUUGAUGGGGAUUUGGUAGUAAAGGAUGAGUCAUGUCUACCAGAUGGCCUACAUGAAGUGGAAUUUCUUCUACCUUUCAUGAAGGACUCAUUUGCAGAAGCAUGCAGCGAAAAAGAGGUUGUUGGUGUUCUUGCCUUUAGUGGCUCAGUAUGUUCUUUUGCAUACUCAAAUUCAAGAGAGCCUGUUUCACAAGCUUUGGCUGAUUUAAAGGGUGAUAUCAUCAUGAGCCUGCAAAGUAGGUUGGAUGUCAUCUGUGAUGAGUCAGAUGGAGAAUCCAGUUCAAAUACUAAUAGGGGAAAGGAUGCGAGUGAGGAGUUAUCAACAGGAGAACCCUUUGUCCAACUUACUCCUCAAUUAUUAAGAAAACAGUGCAGUCUUACAUUUCCUCGAAGAGUCUUUAUCCCUUGGUUGGCGGGCACAUAUAUCUGCGACCAUUUACAACUGGCUGAGACACUUGAGGUUGUUAAAGAUCAUUGUGUUGAAUUGAUGGCGAUGCCUGCUCCAGAUUCCUCUACAAUCUUGGAGCCGGAAAUAGUACCACCGGCAUUGAACUCCAAAUCUUUGUGGGAUGCGGCCCUCCCCUUCUGUUUAACAUCUAGUCCAGAUUGUUCCUCUUUGGAAAAGAGUGGAAUUCUUACGAGCCAAGAACAUGAAGGGAAAUCUACGAGUUCAGCUAAUUUUAACUUAAGCGCUGCUGUUUGGAUUCUUAUUCUUGCCAUCUUAAUUGGUUUGGCGCUAUAUACUGUCAAGAGAUUCUCACAUACAACUUAAGCUUUAGCUGUUACUUCUGUAGAGCCAUGGAGUCUGCUGCAGUACCCGUCAACGAUAUAUUGCAAUUCAAAGGCUUGAGAUCAGAGCUUCACAACCCAUGCAAGUUUACUGGAUAGUCUCAUUUAUCUCGGUAUUUUUACAAGACCCGAACAUCUCAAUUCUUGGGAGCUUCACUAAAUCAAUCUGAUGGACGGGAUUCGUCUAAAUGCUUUUGUCUAUAAUUUUUGUGGAAAUUUUCUGGAGAUUGUGUUCGUUGAAAAAAUUCAACAGUUUCAUUUAGAUUUCACUGGUGGUGGAAGAACUGGAGAGCUAAAAGAAGCCUAGUGUUGCUGCAUGUUUUCUUCUUGUCAAAACAAUACAAGUUCUCAAAACCAAUCCUGUAGAACCCAUCUCGCUUUAUAUACGUAUAUGCAUGGAUCACUUACAAACAUUAUCUUCAAAAGUUGUUUUCAAUUCUAGAAAAAAAGAAAAGAAAAUAAGUGAUCCAAGUCUUUAUCAUUA